AAACGACAGGUUCAAGACAUUUUUCGGCGCCGACUGGCUGGACGAUAUGCGACCUAUCUUGCUCUCUGGGCACGAGCGAUCGCUGACACAGGUCAAGUACAAUGCAGAUGGCGACCUGCUGUUCACUUGCUCAAAGGACCACCUCAUCAACGCCUGGUACUCCCACAACGGCGAGCGACUAGGGACCUACUCGGGCCACAACGGCACAGUCUGGACCGUCGACGUAGACUCGACGUCGAGAUAUCUGCUAUCGGGUUCAGCGGACAACUGUAUCAAGCUGUGGGAAGUACAGACGGGCAAGUGUUUGCAGACCUGGGAGUUCCCCACCGCCAUCAAGCGCGUUCAAUGGUCAGAGGACGAUACCAUGUUCCUCGCCGUCACCGAGAAGAGAAUGGGCUACGAGGGCUCCGUCGUCGUCUUCUACGUCGGACCGGAUAUGCAGCCAGAGACCGAGCCUAUGACAAAGAUCGAGACGACGUUCUCCAAAGCGACAGUGGCAGCUUGGGCAGCUCUCGACCGCAACAUCAUCAUCGCCCACGACAACGGCUCCGUCUCGCUCUACGAUCCCAAAUCGGGCGAAGAGUACGACAUGAGGGAGGAUGUCCACGAGGCGACCAUCACCGACUUGCAAACGAGCAAAGACAAGACUUGGUUUGUUACUUCCUCAAAGGACAAGUCUGCCAAAAUACUGGACGCACAGGAUCUCAAGAUCAUCAAGACCUUUGCAACUGACGCGCCGCUCAACUCCGCAGGCAUUCUUCCCGGCAAACCUUACAUUCUCGUAGGUGGAGGACAAGAUGCCAUGUCCGUCACCACGACCGGCGCGCGGCAGGGUCAUUUCGAGAUCAGGUUCUGGCAUCGUAUCUUCGAAGAAGAAAUCUCUCGCGUCAAGGGUGGCUUCGGGCCCUGCAACACCAUCGCAAUACAUCCCCACGGUCUAGGGUACAGCAUAGGCGGCGAAGAUGGCUAUAUCCGGGUGCAUCACUUCGACGAAGAAUUCUUCAAAGCAAAGCCGUAUGGCCCAAGCGACGAAGCAACGCUAGACUGAGUGACAUCUGUUGUACAACAAUACAAAGCAAAAAGGUCUACACAAUCUCCCAAUGG